CCCGCCCGCGUGUCUAGGGGCCGCUACGCCCGGAGGAGCUCCCGGGUCCACGCGCCCUCUCGGCUGGACGCCCGUGACCCUCGGAACGCAGGGACGCAGCCCCGGCACCCACUGGCCAGAGCAUCCCCAGGGCCAUGUCAGAACUUUGAGUGAAGCCCGGUGACAGGGAGUGGCUGCCACCCACCUGCCUCCCCAACAGGGCUUCAAGAUGCUGAGCCUGAAGCUCCCCAGGGUGUUCAGCAUCGACCAGAUGCCCCAGGUGUUCCAUGAGCAGGGCAUCCUCUUCGGCUACCGACAUCCACAGAGUUCCGCCACAGCCUGUAUCCUCAGCCUCUUCCAAAUGACCAAUGAGACCCUCAACAUCUGGACUCACUUGCUGCCCUUCUGGUUCUUCGUGUGGAGGUUUGUGACCGCACUGUAUGUGACAGACGUCCAGAAUGACAGCUACUCCUGGCCUCUGCUUGUGUACAUGAGCACCAGCUGCGUGUACCCCCUCGUGUCCAGCUGUGCCCACACCUUCAGCUCCAUGUCCAAGAAUGCCCGACACAUCUGCUACUUCCUGGACUACGGCGCUGUCAACCUCUUCAGCCUGGGCUCAGCCAUUGCCUACUGUGCGUAUUCGUUCCCUGACACCCUGGUGUGCAGCACCUUCCAUGACUACUACCUGACUCUGGCUGUGCUGAACACCAUCAUCAGCACCGGCCUCUCCUGCUACUCCAGGUUUCUGGAAGUCCAGAAGCCCAGGCUGUGCAAGAUGCUCCGCGUCCUCGCCUUCGCUUAUCCCUACACCUGGGACUCUCUCCCCAUCUUCUACAGGCUGUUCCUGUUCCCAGGGGAGAGUGCACAGAACGAAGCCACCUUGUACCACCAGAAGCACGUGGCCAUGACUCUCCUGGCCUCUUUCUUUUACUCGGCGCACCUGCCAGAGCGCCUGGCCCCCGGGUGCUUCGACUACAUCGGUCACAGUCACCAGCUGUUCCAUGUGUGUGUGAUCCUGGCUACAUACAUGCAGAUGGAAGCCAUCCUUCUGGACAAGACUCUGCGGAAGGAAUGGCUCCUGGCCAGCGCCGGGGCCCUGUCUCUGCCUCAGAUAGCCGGAGCCGUGCUUCUGUGCCUCGUCUUCAGCCUGAGCAACAUAAUUUACUUCUCAGCUGUUCUGUAUCGGGCGCCUGAGCCAGAGCCACAUAAAAAAGAAGCCUGAGUCAGACCCUCUUUGUGCCAGAUGUCAAUGCCAAACUACAGCAUCCUAACCACCAGCAAGUCCCACCAGAUGUGUGGGACCAGUUCACACUGGCCUGAAAUAUUCAUAAUGACUGGUGUCUUGGCAUUUUUGAGUGGGUUCAUAUCAAUAAGUUAUGUACCUGGGGAAAUUUCUCUAAAUGUGCACUGAUUCUGCAUGUGUGGUUUUAAAAGGGGAACGUGGGUUUGUGCAAGUCAUUGUUCAGGCACAUCAUUACUAUUUCAUUAAGUUUUAACUUUAUUUAAAGUGAGUUUUGCAAUUCUAUUUAAGCAGUUGGGUUGACCAUACUGCCUUCACAGCUUUACCGUUAAACAGUUAGGUGAAGCUUUACAACCCUUGUAGUAUUACUUUUUAAAAGUGGAACUUGCUUCAUUUGAUGAGUUCCAUGUAGCAAAGCCUCUCCCAAGGGCUUCCGCAGGGGAGGGGAGUGAGCCAGAAAGGUCAGGGACAGGACCUUAGAGAGGGGACCUGGGGUCUGUGGGAGCCCUGGGGACUGGAAAGGCGUUCCGGAAGGAAGAGAGAGACCUGGUUUGAGGAGGGGUCUUCUUUCUCUUCCCACCUAGUGAAGGACAUGGACAGAAAGAGCGCCCUCUUUUUCCUCAGGUCUGUUCUGCUUCAGAGUGCAAAUUCCUAUGUCAGUGGAUUUGCAUUUUGGAGUAUGAAUUUGGAUUUUUGUAAAAGUCCACAGCCUAUGGCUGAUGUCAUCUCAUAUGUUCUGUUUUGCUCUGGUUUCUUGUUGCCCGUUUGAUGCUGUGAAGUAUUAUGCAGUGCAGGUGUAAUGUGUUACACUGCGGGAGUCGGCCGAGUCACGCCCUGUUGGUCCUGCUCAUUGGUCACCUUUUGAAACAAUGACAGCACUGUAUGUAGGGAUGUCAUGCAUCUCAUGUUGCUUCAUCUCUUCAAAUAUGCUGCAAAUUUUAGUGUUCACAUGCCGAAGACACUAAAGACCUUGCCAAACGAUUGGUCGAAUGUAGUGAUUUUCCAAGCUUUCCUGAGAAUCUGGAACACUUUGCUGAGCUUGUGACAAAUGCAGGCUCCCAGGGAAACCAGGAGACUCUGUUUUGCUGGUGUAAAUAUAGGUUCCCGGAAGGGCAUCUGCACUGGAGCAAGCCCACGUGAUGUUAAUGCAGAAGGGCCACAGGCCCAACUUGAAGAAACGCUGGUGUCAGGAAUUCCAGAAGGCACUGGGCUUUGUUUUCCUUGAUGUAAUUUUUAGCAACUCGUGACCUAAGGAUGUGUUCCCUGCUUCUACUCUGCAUAGCACUAAAACACUGAGCAUUUUCUCAUCUGUUGCAUUACUAAUUGAAGUUCAGUAUUUCAGGGUAUUUUUCAGAGCAUACAGAAAUGUUGACGCAAAGUGAUUGUCAACAGAGGCCCAUCCACCCCUGAUUUGCACUUGUUAAUGACUUAAGGGGCUGUCUGCAAUGCAGGAUCCUCUUUGCUGACUCAGGAACACCCCCAUGUCUUAGGAUACUGCCUUUCUGGUUAAUUGGCCCGGGUUGAAUGGCCUUGUAAAUAACUCAUCAUCCAAUCCUCUGAGGACAAGUAACAAUUUAUACUGGAUGAGAGUGGUCAAGAAAUAUGAUUUCAUUAGUUUUAUUAUCUGUUUACUCCCUCUCGGGAAAGUAAACUGAUAAAAUUAUAUGGUAAAUUUUUGGCCUCAGUACAUUCAUUGCAAACUAUUGUACCCGACAAAAUUUGGUGUUUUAACAGCAAUCUGAAAUCAUUAGUAAAAUUUUACUCCAGCGGGGUAAGUGGGCUUCCAUUUCAUUUUACUAUAAUGGCAAUUUUGUAGUGAAAAAAAGAACAGCAUUUAAAUAACUUAUUUUAGUAAUGCCAGAGACAUGAAGGCUUUCAUAUUCUCUUGUUUAUAACAGUAAAGUCAUGUUCUGCAUUCAGCUUAGACAUAGUUGGAAGAUAACAGGCGAUUAACCUGAAGGGCUUUUAGAUUAUUUCAUCUUUGGUGGUUACUUUUCGAGCCUAAAGAUGACAAAAGAAAUGUGAAAUCCUCAAAAUAAGAUCCAAUGUUUCACAAUGUUUUUGUAAGUUUGGUAAACUUAGUCCCAUUGUAUAUUUUUGGACAGUGUUACACAUUGAAGUUUUAUAACACUUUGCAGUACACUGAUUUAGAAGCUUCUAAGAUGUAGUAAGAAUGAGUUCAAAUAGGUGAAUUAUCACUAAGUAUUAAGUCUGAAGUGGGUGUAGUUUUGCCUACAUCAUCCCAGAAAGUCAAAAAGGUUGGCAGUGGGUUGGGCGAAGACCUCCCCAGGAAGAUGCUUUUUAAUGCAGUUCUCAAACAAACUCUGAUGUCUCUGUACACUUCAGACACACUUCAGACACGUGCCAUCCUCCCAUUGGUGUCACCUGCUCACCCUCGCCCUGUCUCAAAAGGGGUGAUGUGGGGGCCGGCAGGUACACUUCCAAUGGGAUGUCCUUCUUUCCCUUCCCCCUGCUUGAGAAACACAACUCUGAAACUUACCAGCCAUUACAUCUGUGAUAAAACUUGAAUGUGUUCGAACAAGGCCAUUUAGUCAACUGUCCCUCCCUUUACACAUUGUAGAGUUUCAUUUUCUACUGCUCGACUUUUAGAGAAGAACAAUCCAUCUUCUUUGUUGAAGAAAUGUCUGUCAUUGUUGAUUAGAACUGGAAAUGGGAGUUCAGAAACUUUUGAGUAAAAGUGAGUUAAAUAUUUGAUUGGUUGCAGUGUUUUUCAAAGUGGAACCCUGCUCAUAUGAGAAGUUCUGAGGAAGGGCAUGGAAUAGAAUGACACUGUCAGAUACAUUGGCAAAGCGUGUCUUUUGGGUCUAUUGUGUCCCCAGUUUGUUUUGGCCGUGAUACCCUUCAUAUGAAGCAUUAUACCCUUCUAACAUGAACGCCAGCCUCUGAUGUUCUAGUCAAUGAUCCAUAAUGGAUAAAAGGCAAAGACCCAUUCCCAAACUCGAAGAUUUUCUUUCAGUGUCUGGUUUCCUUAAACUAUGGGAGAAAUAAAUAAAUUUUAUUUAUUAUAAAGGAGUUGUCCUGUUUCCCACUUGCUUUGGCAAUAUUUCAUCUACCACACUGCAGAUGUGUUCAUUCACCUGAACAUGUGUGCAUUGCUAAAUCAUUCGAUGAGCAUUUAUUCAGUGCCUGGUGUAUACAGAGCAAACAUUGUCCUAGGAACCGGGGACACAGAAGUGAACAAAACCCACACUGUCCCUCCUCCCUCACAGAGCUGAUGUUCUGAUCAGUCAGUCAGACAAGAUUAAUUCAAAUCGUGGUAAGUGCUAUAAAGAAAAUAAGUCUGUUCUGGCUGGUGUAGCUCAGUGGAUUGAGUGCAGGCCUAUGAACCAAAGGGUUGCCGGUCUAAUCCCCAGUCAGGGCACAUGCCUGGGUUGUGGGCCAGGUCCCCAGUGCAGGGCGCUCAAGAAGCAACCACACUCUGAUGUUUCUCUCCCUCAUUCUCCUUCCCUUCAUCUCUCUCUAAAAAUAAAUAAAACCUUUAAAAAGCUUUUUAAAAAAGAAAAGAAAUCUGCCCUGGCUGGUGUGGCUCAGUGGACUAAGCACCAGACUAUGAACCAAAAGAGUUGUGCGGGCCAGGUCCCUGGUUGGGGGCGUGUGAGGGGCGACCAGUCAGUUUCUCUCCCACAUCGAUGUUUCUCUCCCUCACUUCCCUCUCUCC